AUGAGAAAUGUCGUGAUUCUAGGCCAGGGUCCAGGGGCAUACAUGUGCGGGAUAUACACACAUACUGCUAACCUGUCUCCAAUGAUAAUCAAGCCAUGUGAGGAGUCCAUGGAAGACUUCUCCGGAUUCAAAAGCAUCGUGGGUGUUAAGGAAGUCGAAGGCCCCAACGAGCUUAUGGACUUGAUAGAGAGACAGUCCAGAAACAUGGGGAUCGAGGUGAAGGAAGGGAAAAUUCUGAAUGUCUCCAAGAGAGAGAACCACCUCGAGGUCGAGACAAGCACCGGGACAUACAAGACAAGAUCUUUGGUGAUUGAUUCCAAAGCCCUUGAAGAGAAGUAUCGCCCUCUUCUGGAAGACAGAGGUAUCUUCUAUGUAAGUGACAAAGCACCCUACAGGGAAGCAAUAGUUCUUGCUGCUGCUGGAUGUAAGGUGUCGUUCGAUGUAAAAGAAUUCAUAGAUGCCAUUGGUCAAUGA